AUGUCCAUAACACAGACUGUCACUCAAACUGUACCAACCGGGACGCCGCGUCUUUCUCACUUCGUCCGAGCAUCCACUACACCACUGCAACCCACCGGUGCACUCGAUAAAUACGAGCACUUCGAGUACACGCCCGUCAUUGGGCGUGAGUACAAAAAUGUUCAGCUGUCUGAUCUCCUGAAGGCGGACAAUGCGGACGAGCUCAUCCGUGAACUAGCUAUCAUCAUCUCGCAGCGUAAUGUUGUGUUCUUUAGGAACCAAGACAUCACAUUGGAGGAACAGCAGCUGCUCGGAAACAAGUUGGGCAUACUCUCUGGGCGCCCUAAAGAGUCCGGGCUGCACAUUCACCCAACAGACAACCAGCCUGUGGAUCUUCCCGCGGAGAUCCACACAAUUACCUCCGAAAAGGACAGGGUUAAGGAAUACAAAAGUAUCCUCGAUAUCUCCGAAUUUUCCGGUAGGGAAUGGCACUCAGACAUCACGUUUGAGCCUGUGCCUUCGGAUUUCGCCAUCCUGAAAGUCCACACGCUUCCAGAGAACGGCGGUGACACGCUCUGGUCUAGCGGUUAUGAAGCGUAUGACCGCCUUAGCCCUGCAUACGCCAAAUACCUUGAGGGCCUCACUGCAUUACAUGAUGGUACUAAGUUCGCCACCGGGGCUGCCGCAACGGGAAAGACACUGUUCGCAGGCGUGCGAGGAAAUCCUGCCAACGUAGGUCUCGAGCUCAAGGCCGUGCAUCCAGUCAUUCGCACGAACCCCGUUACGGGCUGGAAGGGUCUCUUCGUGAACCGCAAUUUCACGAAGCGCAUACUUGAGCUGACAAAGGAUGAGAGCGAUGCGACUCUUGAGUACCUUCACCGGGUUGUCACGGAGAACCACGACAUGCAAGUCCGCUUCCGAUGGCAAAAGAACGAUGUAGCAAUCUGGGCGAACUCGUCGACGAUCCACAACGUGACGCGCGACUAUGAUGAGAAGCGCGAAGGCUACCGUGUGGUAUCGCUCGGCGAGAAGCCAUACUUUGACCCGGCGUCGCGGUCGCGACGAGAGGCGCUCGGACUGAAGAAGCGUCUCUGGGCAUCAGGGUGA